AUGGGCAGCAUCUGCGAGUACGAAGAGUGGAACUGGACCAAGAUUGCCAUCUGGGCGGCGAUCCUGCUCGUGCUCGGGGGCGUCCUCGUCGUCCUCAUCCUCGCCUUCGCCGUCAUCAAGCCGCCCACGGCCAAGGCCGAGGACGCCCUGCUCACGCGCUUCGACCUCGCCCCGUCCCCCAACGCCUCCAAUUCCACCACCGCCAAGUCGCCGCUCCAGCUGCUGUCCUACAACGCGACGGCGACCGUGUCGAUGCGCAACCCGAACCUGCACUACGCCAUCAGCUACAGCACCCUGGCGGUGGCCUUCUCCUUCAACGGCACCCGCUUCGACGAGUCCGGCACCGUGGCGGCGCUGGACCUCGGCGCCCGGAAGGAGACCACGCUGCGGCUCAAGGUGGGCGGCGUCGACCGGGCGCUGCCGAAGCUGCCGCCGGCCGGCGCGGCGGAGUUCGCCAGGCAGAAGGAAGCCGGCCGGUUCGAGGUGGAGGUGCGGCUGGACACGGUGAUGCAGUAUAAGGGGCGCAAGACCAAGUGCCCGCUGGCCGUCAUCUGCCCGGUGAGCCUGCAGCUCGUCGACCCGGACGUCGCCGCCACCUCCUUCCAGAAGACCAAGUGCACCAUCCUCCGGGCCAAGAUCUCCGGAUGCUAG